CCCCACAGAAACGCUGAUGGACUCUACCACAGCGACAGCUGAGCUGGGCUGGAUCGUGCAUCCUCCAUCAGGGUGGGAAGAGGUGAGUGGCUACGAUGAGAACAUGAACACCAUCCGCACGUACCAGGUAUGCAACGUGUUUGAGUCGAGCCAGAACAACUGGCUACGGACCAAGUUCAUCCGGCGCCGUGGCGCCCACCGCAUUCACGUGGAGAUGAAGUUCUCCGUGCGAGACUGUAGCAGCAUCCCCAGCGUGCCCGGUUCCUGCAAGGAGACCUUCAAUCUCUAUUACUAUGAGGCCGACUACGACUCAGCCACCAAGACCUUCCCCAGCUGGAUGGAGAACCCAUGGGUGAAGGUGGACACCAUCGCAGCUGAUGAGAGCUUCUCCCAGGUAGAUCUGGGCGGCAGAGUCAUGAAGAUCAAUACCGAGGUGCGGAGCUUUGGGCCCGUGUCCCGCAAUGGCUUCUACCUGGCCUUCCAGGACUACGGUGGCUGCAUGUCCCUCAUCGCUGUGCACGUCUUCUACCGCAAGUGCCCCCGUGUCAUCCAGAAUGGUGCCAUCUUCCAGGAGACACUGUCGGGGGCUGAAAGCACAUCGCUGGUUGCCGCCAGAGGCAGCUGCAUCGCCAAUGCUGAGGAGGUGGAUGUGCCCAUCAAGCUCUACUGCAAUGGGGAUGGCGAGUGGCUGGUGCCCAUUGGGCGCUGCAUGUGCAAAGCGGGCUUCGAGGCUGUGGAGAAUGGCACCGUCUGCAGAGGUUGCCCAUCUGGAACCUUCAAGGCCAACCAGGGAGAUGAGGCCUGCACCCACUGUCCCAUCAACAGCCGGACUACUUCAGAAGGGGCCACCAACUGCGUCUGCCGAAACGGCUACUACAGGGCAGACCUGGACCCCCUGGACAUGCCCUGCACAACCAUCCCGUCCGCACCACAGGCCGUGAUCUCCAGCGUUAAUGAGACCUCACUCAUGCUAGAGUGGACUCCACCCCGUGACUCAGGAGGCCGUGAGGAUCUCGUCUACAACAUCAUCUGCAAGAGCUGCGGCUCAGGCAGGGGGGCCUGCACCCGUUGUGGGGACAAUGUGCAGUAUGCACCACGCCAGCUGGGCCUGACGGAGCCACGCAUCUACAUCAGUGACCUGCUGGCCCACACCCAGUACACCUUCGAGAUCCAGGCCGUGAACGGCGUCACUGACCAGAGCCCCUUCUCGCCGCAGUUCGCCUCCGUGAACAUCACCACCAACCAAGCAGCUCCGUCGGCUGUGUCCAUCAUGCACCAGGUGAGCCGCACCGUGGACAGCAUCACCCUGUCGUGGUCCCAGCCCGACCAGCCCAACGGUGUGAUCCUGGACUAUGAGCUACAGUACUAUGAGAAGGAGCUCAGUGAGUACAACGCCACAGCCAUAAAAAGCCCCACCAACACGGUCACUGUGCAGGGCCUCAAAGCCGGCGCCAUCUAUGUCUUCCAGGUGCGGGCACGCACCGUGGCAGGCUACGGGCGCUACAGCGGCAAGAUGUACUUCCAGACCAUGACGGAAGCCGAAUACCAGACAAGCAUCCAGGAGAAGCUGCCACUCAUCAUUGGCUCCUCGGCUGCCGGCCUGGUUUUCCUCAUUGCCGUGGUUGUCAUCGCCAUCGUGUGUAACAGACGGGGGUUUGAGCGUGCCGACUCGGAGUACACGGACAAGCUGCAGCACUACACCAGUGGUCACAUGACCCCAGGCAUGAAGAUCUACAUCGAUCCUUUCACCUAUGAGGACCCCAAUGAGGCAGUCCGGGAGUUUGCCAAGGAAAUUGACAUCUCCUGUGUCAAAAUUGAGCAAGUGAUUGGAGCAGGGGAAUUUGGUGAGGUCUGCAGUGGUCACCUGAAGCUACCAGGCAAGAGAGAGAUCUUUGUGGCCAUCAAGACACUCAAGUCAGGCUAUACUGAGAAACAGCGCCGGGACUUCCUGAGCGAGGCCUCCAUCAUGGGCCAGUUCGACCACCCCAAUGUCAUCCACUUGGAAGGCGUUGUCACCAAGAGCACACCCGUUAUGAUCAUCACUGAGUUCAUGGAGAAUGGGUCUCUGGACUCCUUCCUCCGGCAAAAUGACGGGCAGUUCACAGUCAUCCAGCUGGUGGGCAUGCUGCGGGGCAUCGCGGCUGGCAUGAAGUACCUGGCGGACAUGAACUAUGUCCAUCGUGACCUGGCCGCCCGCAACAUCCUUGUCAACAGCAAUCUAGUCUGCAAGGUGUCUGACUUCGGGCUCUCACGCUUUCUGGAGGAUGAUACCUCAGACCCCACGUACACCAGUGCCCUGGGUGGGAAGAUCCCGAUCCGCUGGACAGCCCCGGAAGCUAUCCAGUACCGGAAAUUCACCUCCGCCAGCGAUGUGUGGAGCUACGGGAUCGUCAUGUGGGAAGUGAUGUCCUACGGGGAGCGGCCCUACUGGGACAUGACCAACCAGGACGUAAUCAACGCCAUUGAGCAGGACUACCGGCUGCCUCCUCCCAUGGACUGCCCGAGCGCCUUGCACCAGCUCAUGCUAGACUGCUGGCAGAAGGACCGCAACCACCGGCCCAAGUUCGGCCAGAUAGUCAACACGCUGGACAAGAUGAUACGCAACCCCAACAGCCUCAAAGCCAUGGCGCCCCUCUCCUCCGGAAUCAACCUGCCGCUGCUGGACCGCACCAUCCCCGACUACACCAGCUUUAACACUGUGGACGAGUGGCUGGAGGCCAUCAAGAUGGGGCAGUACAAGGAGAGCUUUGCCAACGCCGGCUUCACCUCUUUCGACGUUGUGUCACAGAUGAUGAUGGAGGACAUUCUCCGGGUUGGGGUCACCUUGGCUGGCCACCAGAAAAAAAUCCUGAACAGUAUCCAGGUGAUGCGGGCACAGAUGAACCAGAUUCAGUCUGUGGAGGUGUGACCCUCACCUGCCUCGGCUCACCUCUCCCUCCAGGCCCCGCCCCCUCCGCCCAGCGCCGGCCCCCCGGCUCUCCGUCCACUGCAGGGUCAGCCGCCUGCCAGGAUGCCACGGGCGCCAGGAAGAACCAAGCAGCACUCCAGCCACGAGACGCCACCAAGAACACCUGCGACUCAAGGAUGGGAACACAAGAGAAUGGGGAAAAAGAAAAUCUACCCUGGGAGGGGGCGGGAAGUACAAGAAAUACUUUCUAAAGAGGAUUCUCACAAGGAAAGCGAUGACUGUUCUUGAAAAAAAAGAAAAAAUAAGGGCUUGGGAGAUCCGUGUGAUUUGUCCAAUUGGAGGUCAAAAGCAGUUUCUCUCCAACUCCCUCUGGGAAGGUGACCUGGCCAGAGCCAAGGAAUGCUUUCAGGAAAACAAAUAGCAAGCGAGGAGAGAGGCCGCCCUUCCCUCCUGCUCACUGGCUUGUUCCUUCAGGCGUCACUCAACAGCCGAGCACCAGGCAAACGGGGCAGGCGGACAGGCAGCCGCCCUGGGAACCACCCCAGGAAGAUCCAUGCCCAUUGCCACUGGGCGAAUGGAAGAAUUUUUCUGACUUUGGAGAAGAUUUUAGAAACUCCAAUGAAAGAGACCCAUUUCUCCUGUUAGCUCAUGGGGCUGAAAAGGGGCUUUUGUCCUCCUGGGCCAGGGAGAACUUGGGGACACCAGAAGGGUCAGCCUUCCUGAGGAUGGCCACCCACCAGGCCGGUCGACACAGCUGCAGCUCCACGUACGUGUCGUGCCCGGCCUGCUGGCCUGGCCCGCAUGGGUGCCAGCCCCCACCAGCCCCCACCCGGAGGACAGGUGCUGCAGUGACCGCCAUCAGCUAUGACUGCCACUGAGAAGAAUUGAUCCUGUGUCUGGGUUUGUUUACAGCGAUUUGGUUGGAGGUGGUUGUGGUUGGGGGGGAUUUGUCUGUUGGUUUUUGUUUUGUUUUUUUUUAUGACAAUGAAGUGACACUUUGACACAUUUCCUA